AUGUCGUAUCGCAUGGGCAUCUGCCAUUGGGCAACUUGCAGCCAGCUGACAACUGCUUUGGGCCUGCUGCUGACGACGCUGCUGGUGACAGCCGUUGCGCUGUCGCCGCCGCAGCCGGCGGAUCAUUUGGUGCCGCCGCCAGCGCCCAUUGCGCUGCCCACAGCGCAGCGGCUGACGCAUGCGGGCUACUCGGAGCCACAGCCGCCGGAAGGCGGCUUCAUGACGCGCGUCGCCCGCUGGUUUGGCCUGGGCGGUGCUGCGGCAGCGCCGCGCGACCAGCAGCUGAGCGGCAGUGGCUUGAGCUAUGCGUAUCCGAAGCCCACGCAGAACUUCAAUGCGGACGGCAAGCCUUGCGGCCUGUGCAACAAGUAUCCCUGGGUGCCCAUGUUCGGGAUCUCCGCCUGGCAGCAGCAGCAGCCCUUGGCUCAGGCCUCGCAGCAUCGUCAGCGAGCCGUGCAGUUUCAGGCGCCGCCCCAGAGCGUCUUCCUGCCCAUCUCGCUGCCUGUGCCGGGUCUGAAUAGUGCAGCGCUGCCGCCGCUCUACAAUGCGCAGCCUUUCCGGCCGCUGCCCCAAUUCUAUCCUUUGGAGAAUGUUGGCGCACACUCGGAGCUGCGACCUGUGCCCGUGGUGCCAUCGACAACGCCGCCGCCGAGGCAGUCGAGCAGCAGCUUUGAGAUUGUGCAGAGCCAUCAGCUGACGGAUUUCGUCACCUCCGUGGAGUACCCGGCCACCUAUGUGCAGUCGCAUGCCAUUGACUUGGGGCAGACGGCAACGCCCACGGUCACAGCGCUGCCCACGAAUCAUAGACCCGUGCAGCAGCUACAGCAGCAGUUGGAGCAGCAGCAGGAGCCACAGCAGCCGCUGGACAUAAGCACUGUGCGCUAUCAGCUGGAGGAUCUGAGCAGCGGUGCAGUGCAUCAGCAUUUGCCUGGCUCACAGCUGCUCACCGAGCUGGGACACUUUACGCCGGCCACCGUUGAGACGCAGACAACGCUGACGCCGCCGGCCGACAACUAUCCGGCCGCCUCGUCGCAGCAGCAGCAGCAGCACGAGGAGGAGCAGGAGCAGCAGCACCUGUACUACGCCGAGCAGUAUCAGGACCUGGCCGAGACCAGCACAGUGACGCCAGUCUACGAGUCGCUGGUCUACACCACAGAGCAGCCGGCGCCGCCGGCCGCUGUGGAGCUGAACAAUCAUUUGGUGUCGCAUGUGCGCGAUGGGCGGCAGCGGGACACGCCCAAGCGGCUGCUCGAUUCGCCCAUUAAUCACGGCCAGGUGGGUGCACCGCCGCCACGCCCAUUUACACGUGAUCCCGCUGAGCUGAACUUCCGGCUCGGCCAGCCGACGCAGGCGCCAGCGCCCACGCCGACGUCCACGUACGGCGCCAUCGACGCCAGCGGACAGUAUGCGGGCAUGUCGCCGCCGGGGCCACAGCAGGUGAUCAUACCGUAUACGACCAAGCAGAAGCCGCGCCCCUUCGAGCCGGUCAACUGGACGCCCGGCUGGCGGCUGCGGCCCACGCAGGAGAACGAUGUGCACGAGCAGCAGGAGUCGAAGCUGGUGAGCACCUCAACCGUGACAGCGGCGCCGCCGCCGAAUACGCGACGCACCACCAAAUAUCUGACCAAAAUUCUGGCCUCCAAUCUGCGCGAGCUGCUGAAGCGCGAGCGCGAGACCAAGCGCCGACCCGCCCACUUUGGCGUGGACAUCUCCAAGCUGCAGCACAACAUUGACGGCUGGACGGAGCAGGAGUACAACUCGCUGUCGCAUCGCCCCAGCACGCCGACCAUACGCGGUCGCUCCAAGCACAUACCCACGGAGUAUCUGACCACAACGACGCCAGCGACACCGACAGCCACGCGCCAGUCGAAAACGACGCGCGGCGGCGGCGGCGGCGGCGGCUUUGAGCUGGGCGGCAGCGUCACCUCCAGCUUGGGCUCCGCCGGCGAUCUGUCGACCUCGAUUAACAACUUGGAGCAGCUGCAUCUUCGACGCUUCCAGCCCGUCGAAGACAAUCGCCUGUUGCCCGACUACUACGAGUCGGCGCAGCGUCAGAGCCCAGCGCUGCGCAGCACCACACCCAUGCCCACUGCCACGCCCACGGCCAGAACGACAACGACGACGGCAGCGCCCACGAUGGCGCCGACGCCUCUAUAUGUGCGCACCACAGCAGCCACGCCAGCGCCCGUCGAGCUGUGGAAGCAGGCCAAAGUCGCCAUUCUGCCCCAGACCAAUGAGAAGGUGUACGUCGUCACGCCACAGCCGCGUCACCAGGCGCAGCAGCAGGGCGAGCUGUCCGCCUCGGCCUCGGUGGCGGCACCGGUCUACCAAACGCCAGCGCCUAGAUUUCCACGUGUGCGACCCACACCUGGCACGGCAACAGUCGCUAGCGAACUGAUGGCAGCCACGCCCACGCCCUCCACGGAACAGGUGCGCAACUAUACGCCGGAUAUCUUCGGUCUGAUGGGUCUGUCCGCCUAUGUGCCCGCGGAGCCAGUGGAGAUCAUCGAUGGCAAUUCCAAAGUUAUCACAAUUGUGACAGCGGCGCCGGCAGCGGCUGCGCUGCAGCGACAAACACCAAAGUCCACGAUAUCGCCAAGACCCAGAUAGAGCCCCUGCCAGGACACGACGACCAGCAGCCAACAGUCCCGAGCACUGCCUGAGCUGACUUCUAAGCGUUUCCAUUGACCAGC